GAUGCAUUGAUGGAGUCUCUGACGCAAGUGGACGAGAUUAUGCGGAACUUGCUGAACAUCGAUCAUGAAAUGAAGUCUCACGAAGAAACUCUCAAAGAGAUGUAUCAGAAAAUAAUCGUGGAAGAGCCAAUUGAUAACGCUAUGGAACGUUAUGACAAUGGGCUAAAGCAGCGAAUAGAGGAUUUCAACUCAAAAACUUCACGCCAGAAAUAUGCUUCGUCGAAUGAUUAUGUUAAAUUCAAGCAAGGCGUGUUCGAAACCCAAAACCCGGACAUGGCUAUCCCUCCUAUCAACGCCUUCAUCCCCAAGGAGGACGGCGAUGAAAGCGACGACGACGAUGACCUCGAGAUUGGUGGUGUCACUCAAGAUUAUAAAUGCCCAAUCAGUCUUACUCUUCUGGUAAACCCCAUGGCAUCCCGGGUAUGUAAUCACUCCUUUUCCGCCGUGGCUAUACGGGAAUACCUCGGUCGUGCUACGAAACCCUGCCCGGCAACGGGGUGCAACGCACAAAUCUCGAUGAACGACGUGCACCCCGACAGGGACCUGGAGAAGAAAGUCAGAUUGGUAGCUCGGAGAGCCCAAAGAGAGCAAGACGACAGUGAUGCCGAGGUUAUUGAAUGA